AUGGAUCAAUUCAAUCAAGCCUACUCGCAGAGCGAACCGAACGCUGCAGCCUUGAGAAGGCGAGCUCCCUCUGUUGGAACGACUCAGGUCUUUGACAACAUUGUAUCCACUUCGAAUUUCGAUAGAGAUGAAGUGGAUAGGCUGCGCAAGCGAUUUAUGAAACUAGAUAAGGAUAGUUCUGGUACGAUCGAUCGUGAUGAGUUCCUUUCCCUCCCUCAGGUAUCAUCCAACCCGCUUGCGACGAGAAUGAUCGCAAUCUUCGACGAAGACGGUGGUGGCGAUGUCGACUUCCAAGAAUUCGUUUCGGGUCUGUCAGCAUUCAGCUCGAAGGGCAAUAAGGAAGAAAAGCUGCGAUUUGCAUUCAAGGUAUAUGAUAUCGAUCGGGACGGAUACAUCUCCAACGGCGAGUUGUUUAUCGUUUUGAAGAUGAUGGUGGGCAACAAUCUGAAGGACGUGCAGCUGCAGCAGAUCGUGGAUAAGACCAUAAUGGAGGCAGACAAGGACCGUGAUGGGAAAAUCAGCUUUGAGGAAUUCACGGAUAUGGUUGAAAAUACGGAUAUUAGUCUGAGCAUGACGUUGAACCAUAUUUGA